UUUCUACGCAUCCUUCAUCUACGCGUUUUACUUUCAUCGAAGCACUCAAAAAGCAUGGUCUUUUUCUUUUAUUGCACCUGAAUUGUCCAUUCCCACCCACUCUCACAGAUUGUUCUGGUUUUACUCUUACCCUCCAGUUCUCUGUUCUCACAAAGACAGAAUUUGCAUUCAUUCAAUUCUCUCUAAUUCAAGAAAUGGCGGAAGGAGUUCUGUUCGACAUUGCUAAGGAAAUCAUUGGGAAGGCGGGCGACCUGGCACUCAAAGAGGUUGCGCUCAUCUGGGGUGUCAAAGACGAGAUCAACAAACUCAAGGAGACAGUUUCCAAAAUCAGUGCUGUGAUUUUGGAUGCAGAGGCGAAGCAGCACGGCAGUGAAGUGAUCAAAGAGUGGCUGAAAAGGCUUAAGGAUGCCAUGUGUGAUGCGGAUGACUUGCUGGAUGAAAUCUCCACUGAGGCCCUGCGACGGGAAGUGAUGACCCGUGACAAGAAGGCCAGAGAGGUACGCAUCUUCUUUUCCAAAUAUAACCAGCUUGCAUAUGGUGUUAGAAUGGGUCAUAAGGUUAAGGAGAUGAGGGAGAGGCUAGUUGCUUUAGAUGCAGAGCCUGCGGAAAGGCAGUUUCACUUGGAGAUACAAGUCAGGAAUGAGUCAAGAAGGCAGACUCAUUCCCUUGUAAGUGCUGAAGAUGUUAUUGGGAGGGAGGAGGAUAAGAAGGACAUUAUUGGAUCUCUGUUGGAUCCCAAUGUUAAGGAGAAUGUUUCUGUCCUUGCGAUAGUUGGUAUCGGAGGACUAGGAAAGACCACACUUGCUCAACUUGUCUUCAAUGAUGAAAAAGUCAAGAACCAUUUUGAGCUAAAAUUGUGGGUGUGUGUAUCUGAGAAUUUUGACGUGAAAAUAAUUGUUCAGAAAAUCUUGGAGUGUGUAAAAAAUGAGAAACCAAAAGACCUUGAAAAGAACAUGUUAGUCAAUAAUCUUCAAAAAGAAAUUAAUGGAAAGAGAUAUAUGCUUGUGUUGGACGAUGUGUGGAAUGAGGAUCAUGAAAAAUGGAGUGAAUUGAAACAAAUUUUAAUGGGUGGUGCACAAGGCAGUAGAAUCUUAGUGACUACACGGAGUGUAAAAGUGGCAAAGAUUUCACGAACUAGUCAACCACACGUGUUACAGGGUUUAGAGGAACAACAUGCUUGGUCUUUAUUUAAGAAGAUGGCGUUUGAAGAGGGGGAAGAACCGAAGGAAGCAAGUUUUGUAAAUAUUGGGAAGGAUAUUUUAAAAAUCUGUGUAGGGGUGCCGCUUGCAAUUAGAACAAUAGGAGGUUUAUUGUACUUUAAAAAAUCUGAAAGAGAGUGGUUAUCAUUCAAAGACAAUGAACUUUCGAAAAUACCUCAGAAUGAAGAUGACAUUUUACCAACACUAAAGUUGAGUUACAAUCAUCUCCCCUCACACUUGAAGCAAUGCUUUGCUUAUUGUAGUCUAUUUCCAAAGGAUUAUGAGAUUGAAAAGGAAAGUUUGAUUUAUAUGUGGAUGGCACAAGGAUUCAUCAAAUUGUAUAACGAAAAGCAAUGUCCAGAAGAUGUUGGGCAUGAGUAUUUUAUGGAUUUGCUUUGGAGAUCAUUCUUUCAAGAUGUUGAAGAAGAUGAACUUGGCAAUAUAUCAAAAUUCAAAAUGCAUGAUCUCAUGCAUGAUAUGGCAAUACAAGUAAUAGGAUCAGAGAGCACCACCAUUUAUUCAAAAGAGAAAGUCAUUGAUGAGAAAAUUCGUCAUGCGUCAUUUGGGGAUAUGUUGUACUCAUCAUUGGAGAUCCCAAUCUCAUUAUUCAAAGCAAGUAAGAUAAGAACAUUUCUUUUGCCAUGUCAACAAAGCUAUGUUGCUUCAAAUUUGGAUAGUUCAACUUAUAGUGCAAUUGUGGCUAGUUUUAAGUUCAUACGCUUAUUGGAUUUGCAUAAGACGGGGAUUAAAACUAUUCCAAGUUCUAUAAAAAAUUUGAAGCAUCUAAGAUAUCUUGAUCUUUCUGGGAAUAGAGACAUUGAGAUGCUUCCUAACUCUAUUGUCAAGUUGUACAAUUUACAAACACUUAAACUCUCUUUGUGUUCUAAACUUAAAGAAUUGCCAAGAGAUAUUAACAAAUUAGUCAACCUCAGAUUUCUUGAUCUUUCUGGGAAUAGAGACAUUGAGAUGCUUCCUAACUCUAUUGUCAAGUUGUACAAUUUACAAACACUUAAACUCUCUUUGUGUUCUAAACUUAAAGAAUUGCCAAGAGAUAUUAACAAAUUAGUCAACCUCAGAUUUCUUGAUCUUUAUGGGAAUAGAGACAUUGAGAUGCUUCCUAACUCUAUUGUCAAGUUGUACAAUUUACAAACACUUAAACUCUCUUUGUGUUCUAAACUUAAAGAAUUGCCAAGAGAUAUUAACAAAUUAGUCAACCUCAGAUUUCUUGAGAUUGAUGAGUGUUCGGGUUUGACUCAUAUGCCAAAUGGACUGGGCCAAUUGACUAAUCUACAAACAUUGACAAGAUUUGUGACGAGUAAGGGUAGGAUUGAUUCAGUGCCUAGGAGUAACGGUGGAUUGAAGGAACUUAACAGGCUAAAUGAGCUAAGAGGAAAUCUGUCUAUUGAAAAUCUCAAACACGGAAAAGAUGCCGCAUUAGAGUAUAAGGAUGCAAAUUUGAAAGAGAAACAACGUCUUGAUAGCUUGUACUUAAAUUGGGUAGAAGAAGACAUUGAUGAGGCGGGUGCUGGUGAUGAUGACAUGUCACUGGAAGCCUUGCAACCACAUAUAAAUCUCAAAGCAUUGAGUUUAGAGCGGUACGGGGGAGUGAGAUUUCCACAUUGGUUUCUGUCCCUCAGAAAUCUUGUCCAAUUUAAAUUAUAUUCAUGUAAAAAAUGCCAAUAUCUUCCACCGUUGGACCAAUUGCCUUCUCUCAAAAUUAUCCAUUUGUACAGAUUGGAUUGUUUAGAGCACAUAUCAGAUUCAGAGAGAGAUAACAGUGAUUCUUUAUUCUACCCAUCUUUGGAGACACUCCAUAUUUGGUAUUGCCCUAAUUUAAAGGGAUGGUGGCGGGGAAGGAGGGAUUCUCUUCCUUCAUUUCCUCGUCUUUCUGAUUUAGAUAUCAGGGAUUGCCCUCAGCUGACUUCCUUUCCUUUGUUUCCAUAUCUCGAAAGUUUGAACCUAGUUAAUUGUAGCUUGAAGCAGUCAUUAGAGAGGAUGAUGAUAAACAACAAGACUUCUUCAGGGAAUCUACCAUCAAUUGCUUCUUCUUCUUCUUCUUCUACAAUUGUUGCCCCUCUAUCCAAAUUAAGUUUCAUGAGUAUAGGGAACACGGAAGAAGCUUUGCCAGAGGAGUGCCUACGAAAUCUCAUUUCUCUCCGUACUCUGUAUCUAGACAAAUGUCCUCUUCCUCAAGGCAUUCGAUAUCUUACGGCACUUCAACAUCUGCAUGUUUGGAACUCUGAGGCGGUUGAUUUAUCCAAUGAUUGGGAUGAGAUGGAAUGGCAAGGACUUACGACCCUUCUCUCUUUGGAAUUCCGUCGACUUCCGAAGUUGGUCUCUCUCCCAACGGGGCUUCAAUAUGUCAGCUCUCUACAAAAUCUCGAAAUUAAGUUCUGUCCUAGUUUGAUAGCUAUACCGGAGUGGAUCUGCAAACUUAUAUCUCUUCAAUCACUUCUAAUUUGGGACUGCCCUAAUUUGGAAUCAUUGCCAGAAGGAAUCGGUGCCCUUACCUCUUUGCAAACACUAGAAAUUGGAGGAUGUCCCAUCUUACUGAAAAGAUGCAAGAAGCAAAUCGGGGAAGAUUGGCAUAAAAUUUCUCGCAUUCCCAAUUUGGAAGGAGAUCUGUCUACGCAAGAAGAAGAGCCAGAUGAAGAAGAACCAAAUGAAGAAAUUUCAGAUGAAGAAGAACCAAAUGAAGAAGCAAAGAAACCUUCUCUUAAGAAUUGGGACUUAAUUAAAGCUUUUGGGUGCUGCAAUUGUUCAAAAACUCAACAACUCACUAACUGAUUCAAGAUUGGCACAAGUUAAUAUUAGUAGGAGAAUUGAAUAAAGGCAAAGUUGCAUUUGGCACUAGAAUCUGGUAACCAAGCCAUAGGAACCAGCUCAUUGUACAGGAUUUUAUCAUGUACAUUUGUAUGGCCAGCUUUUUACAACUAAGUGGCUUUCUCAUGUGAAUUAUCUUUGGAGGACUAGAAGUAAAGAGUAAAUAUAUAGGACCCCAUGUAUAAGUGAUGUAGUGCUUUUAAUCUCAAAGUACAUUGAGAUACAGGGAUGAUUGCUUUCAUAAAGUGUGCAAAUAGCCUCAAGACUCCUAUGAAAUGAGGAUAUAGGUCAAGAGUGCACUAUGAUGCUCACAUCCCAUCCCAGACAUUGGAAUUUCUUUUGGAAGGAUUUUAACUCCAGUGUUUCUACAGGUUUCUCAGUAAAGAUGUUGAUGAGUUUAUCAUUUAUUGGAUUCUAUAUGCAAAAGCCUGGGGAGAAUUGAAUACUAAAGCAGGCAAGAGUUUAAGAGUGAAUGUUUUUCUUUUCCAACUAGCCUAUACGAAAUUUACACAAACUUGGAGAGAAUUAUGGCCAUAACAAUAACAAAGCGAUAGUCACAAAGGUUAUCAUGGAUGAAAGCUCUAGCUUGGUGUUACCACUCAAAGUAUUCUUUGCUUUUAAGGAUAGCUUAAUUUCAUGGCGAAUGAUUCUUGGACUUCUCAACCAGUAAGACUUCAUUGAACAAGGAUUGCUUGGAGAGUUCUGUUGCUUCAUAACGAAGGCAUUCCUUUCAUCUUUGGAUUAAUUUCUUAAGGUUGCUUAGCAUACCAUGGAGUUAUGUUAGAGAUAUGGCACCUGUGAAAUAUCAUAUGAAUCUAGCACCUUGUUGGAAUUUUUUGUUUAGUGCUCUGCCUGAUAUGUUCAUGCUUGCUGGUAUAUUUGUGUUGCUGUUGUCAAGUGUCAUUCUUUUGUUGUCCUGAGUUGUAAUUGUCUUAGUGCUCUGUUUGCUGGUUCAGACUUGCUGUCGUAUAUGUGUUGCUAGUUUUCGGCUUGGUUUCAAUGAAAUUUCUGCCUCAUUAUCCAAAAAUAAAAUAAAAUAAAAUCUAGCAACUUCUAUUCUCAAGAACAGGAGUUCCUAACUUUUCUAAUGGCUUUUAAAUUGAAUACUAGACAACAAAAGCUAUCAGACAGAAGGGAACAAAUGAUUUUAUUUCCAACAAUUUGAGUUCCAAAGUAAAAUUAUAAGGUCUUUACACAAAUUGAACCCUUCUUCCUCAUUUUUUGUAAAAAAAUUCCAAUUAUGUUGUAUAAGUAAAUUCUCUUCUGGGCAGAAGUUGGCUUUCAAGGUGAAGGCAAGACUGUUCACCUAAAUGAGAAAGACUGAUGCUUUUAAAACAUGAACUUCCUCUCUUUGUGGUCCUGGGGUGUUGGAAUGGAUACCAAGGCUUAUUUGAUUUAACUCACUGAGUAAAAUUUGGCUCAGGGUGAUAUUGAGGUAAUAUUGCAAGGAGAAUUAAAUCUUGCAACCAUGCUGCUGGAAUUAGCUCAUUGUAUAGGAAUUUUGCUGCUUCAAAUCCUUUUUAUAUGUAAGCACCUAACUUGCUGUUAUAUCUUCAAAUCAAAAUCAUAAUAAUAAUAAUGACUUGCAAUUUUUUCUAGUAGCUUGGUCUUCUUUGAAAACACAGCUCAAUUUUUUAAAUCAUUUGAUAAAUUCCAAUAAAAUGAAAAAUGUUCCUUUAUGUUAUCGAAACAGCGAACUACUAUAUUUUUGUCACUAUCAAUUUUUAUAUUAUAGGUUGCUUGGGAAAGAAAAAGAACAAAAAAAAAAAUCUCUGGCAUUUGUUUCAUAACACUAAUUAUCAUAUAUUAUAAAACUAGAGAUCCAAAAAUAUUUUAAUUAUUGGUGUUGCUAUGACAGAAUAAAUAAUAUAGUUAGUACUAUUUUUUUGUGAAGAAAUCCUUUCUACAGAGAUAUUAGCAAUAGAACUUCAUGCAUCAUUUUAAUGUGUGCACUUCAAGCUCUGAUCAUGUACAUUUAUAUUGGCUGUUUUUCACAAAAAUCCAUAGCUUCCUUUAGUGAACCAUCCAAAGAGGCAACUCAUACAAUAUCCUAAUUUCUAUCUCUAGUCCUUUUUGUCAUUUCCCCUUCGUUUCUUCUUUCACCACUUUAAGACUUGAUUUUUACUUGUAGAUUGUUUGUCAUUCCAUAUGACUUCUUGUUGUCAGUUUAUGUACUAGUAUAGUAAUAUCUAUUCUUGAUUUGUUCCAUUUCACGUGCUAAUAUGAUGAGAAGUGUAGAGUAAAUGAUAACCCAUGUAUAAGGUGAUGUAGUGCUUUCUAAUUCCAUACUUACAUUGAGAUACAUGAUAAUUGCUUUGACAAAGUACGUAAAUAAACUCAUGACUCCUGUGAGAGGUAGCCUACGUAUCUGAAUUAGUAAUGGUUGAACAGUUGCUUUUGUAUUCCAGUACAUUAAGUUUGUAAAUUUUUGCGUCAUGCUUGUAUCUGUUUCUAAGUAUUAUUAUGCAUGCAUCAGAAUUGUUAUUUGAAGAUAUUUCCCCAGGGUCUUGGCGCUCAUUGAUGAAGAUAAAAGGUGUUGGAAGGUUGAUUUUGUUAGAAUAACCUUCCUACCUUUGAAGCAGACAUCAUCCUAAACAUCCCUCUCAACUACACCCUCCCAGAUGAUCAAAUCAUAUGAAUUGGAAGCAAGAAAGGUGAACUCUUUGUCAAAAGUGUUUAUUAUAUAGCACUUCCAAUCAUUCAUCCAUCUAAUGAGGGUGAAAGCUCAAGAGAUGAUCCUCGCUCCCCUCUUUGGAAAAGGAUGUGGCACCUCAACAUCCCAGAAAAGAUCAGAAUCUUCGCCUGGUGUGCCUGCAUGAAUGCCCUCCCCACUAUGCAUUGCAUAAGAACCAGAGGAGUAAGCACAUAUGGUAUUUGUCCUGUUUGUGACUUGUGCCCUGAAAGUACUCUGCAUGCCCUCAUACAGUGUGACACUCCCAAAGAGGUGUGGAGCAGUUGUCUAAACUGUCCAGUGGAUUAGGAGACAAAUUCUGGGGAUUUUACUGAUCUAGCAUUUCAGUUCAUCACCAAUGGCACCACUCAAGACUUGGAAACUUUUUUUUGUCACAGCCUGGCCUAUUUGGUACAACCAGAAUCAGAUUGUACAUGAGUCAAGCUCAUCACUUCCCAUCCAAAUAUGGGAAACUGCUAGGAGAACUGUAAAGGACUACAAAGGUGCCCUUAUCAACUGCAUUUCAGCUGAAAUCCAACCCAGCUUUGUGCUGGACUGCCCCACCUCCUGGCACUCAUAAAUAUGAUGAAGAACCAAAGAAACCUACUCUUAAGAAGUGGGACUUAAUUAAAGCUUUUGGGUGCUGCAAUUGUUCAACAACUCAAUAACUCACUCACUGAGUCAAAUUGGCACAAGGUAAUAUUACUUGGGGAAUUGAAUCCGGUAACCAUGCCGUAGGAAUCACCUUAUUGUACAGGUGUUUCAGGCUUUUAUCAAGUACAUUUGUAUAGCCAGCUUUCUACAACAAUAUGUGGCUUUCUCAAGUGAUUCUUGGACUUCUUAACUUGAUGAGUUCCAUGAACAAAAGGAUUGUUUGGUGAGUGUUGUAAAAUCAUAAAUAAGACAUUUGAUUUCAUCUUUGCACUAAUUUCUCAAGGUUGCUUACCAUACCAUGAAGUCUUUGCACUUUUUCUCAAGGUUGUUUACCAUAUCAUGAAGUUAUAGACAUUUCGAAAUAGGAAACCUGUAAAAUAUCAGGUAAUUAUAUUUCCAAUAGUUGAGAUUCCAAAAAAAAAUUUGUAAAUAUAGUCUUGGCACAGAUUGGAUAUUUGAAUAUGUAUGUUUUUCAUUUAUUUUUAUUUUUUU